AUGUCCAAAGGCGACACCGUCCAAGCCGACGCCCGUCGCUUCCUCGACGAGCGUGGCUCCACGGCCGCCCUCGCCCCCAAUGGCCUCAACCCCGCGACCAUCAUGGAAAAGGCAGUCAAAGACCGCAUCAUCGAAUCCUACUUCUACAAAGAACAAUGCUUCGCCCUCAACGAAGCCGACAUCAUCGACCGCGUAGUCGAACACGUCAACUUUAUCGGCGGAACGCACGGCAACUCCCAAAAGCCGAGCCCGUUUUUGUGUCUCGCCUUCAAGCUGCUAGAACUGUCUCCAAGCGACGAGAUCCUACAAGAGUACCUAUCCUACGGCGGCGAGCACUUUAAAUACCUGAGGGCCCUGGCGUGCUUCUACUUCAGAUUGACCCGGAAGGCGGUGGACGUUUAUCAGACACUGGAGCCCUUUUUGGAGGAUCGGAGGAAAUUGAGGAGGAAGGGGAGGAACGGCACCUCGUUGACCUACGUGGAUGAUUUUGUGGACGACUUGCUUAGCAAGGAAAGAGUUUGUGCGACGAGUUUGUGGAAGAUGCCGAAACGGGAGAUUUUGGAGGAUUUGGAGGAGCUGGAGCCGAGGGUCAGUCCGUUGGGAGACUUGGAGGAUAUAUUGGAGGAGGAUGCUGAUGAGGGCGGCGGCGAGGAGGAGCAGAGGAAUGGGGAUGGGGAGGAGGGUGAGAUUUCAGAUGGGAUGGAUGUGGAUAGAAGGUCAAGGAGUGUGAGUAGGUCGAGGUCCAGAUCUAGGUCGAGAUCGAGAUCACGGUCUAGAUCGCCUUGA